CUCCCCCCUUCCGAGUCCCAGGAGCCGCAGCUCGUCGCGGAGGCGCCGCUGUGGGGUCUCCUGGACCGAGGUUGGGUGGGCCCAAGUUACUGGCUGCACCGCCAUCUUGCUUGAGUCUAGACUCCUGGGGAGAAAGGGGCGGCCACUGGGCCGGAAGCUGCUGUGCGGCGGCCGCGCUACCUCCCCAGGUCGGUGAGUGCGGCCCGGUCGGAGUCUCCCCUCUCCUGAAAGGAAGAAAAUUCAUGUGGCUCACCCUGUAUUUCUUUUGGAUAAUGCUAUUACGGAUCUCCUGGUGAGGAACACAGAAUCAUCAUGGCUUUCCUUUCUUCUGACACCAUUGACGGGAAGUGAGCACUUGUUAAACUUGAAGAUACUCGGUGAAUGGACCUGGCUGGACACUUUGAGCACAUCAAUAAACAUGAGCGGUACCAAACCUGACAUACUGUGGGCACCACACCAGGUUGAUAGAUUUGUUGUGUGUGACUCAGAACUGAGCCUUUAUCAUGUGGAAUCUACUGUGAAUUCAGAACUCAAAGCUGGAUCUUUACGUUUAUCUGAAGACUCUGCAGCUACAUUACUAUCAAUAAAUUCAGAUACACCCUAUAUGAAAUGUGUUGCCUGGUAUCUCAAUUAUGAUCCUGAAUGUCUCCUAGCAGUUGGACAAGCAAAUGGUCGAGUUGUACUUACGAGUCUUGGCCAAGAUCACAACUCAAAGUUCAAAGAUUUGAUAGGAAAAGAAUUUGUUCCAAAACAUGCACGACAAUGCAAUACCCUUGCUUGGAAUCCAUUGGAUAGUAACUGGCUUGCUGCUGGUCUAGAUAAACAUAGAGCUGAUUUUUCAGUGCUGAUUUGGGAUAUCUGCAGCAAAUAUACUCCUGAUAUAGUCCCCAUGGAGAAAGUGAGACUUUCAGCAGGUGAAACUGAAACAACAUUAUUAGUAACAAAGCCACUUUAUGAAUUAGGACAGAAUGACGCUUGUCUCUCUCUCUGUUGGCUUCCACGGGACCAGAAACUUCUGCUUGCUGGUAUGCAUCGUAAUCUAGCCAUAUUUGAUCUUCGGAAUACAAGCCAAAAAAUGUUUGUAAAUACAAAAGCUGUUCAGGGGGUGACAGUAGACCCAUAUUUCCAUGAUCGUGUUGCUUCCUUCUAUGAAGGUCAGGUUGCAAUAUGGGAUCUUAGAAAAUUUGAGAAGCCCGUUUUGACUUUGACUGAGCAACCAAAACCCUUAACGAAAGUAGCAUGGUGUCCAACUAGGACUGGGCUGCUUGCCACUUUAACAAGGGAUAGUAAUAUUAUUAGAUUGUAUGAUAUGCAGCACACACCCACUCCCAUUGGUGAUGAAACUGAGCCCACAAUAAUUGAAAGAAGUGUUCAACCUUGUGACAAUUACAUUGCUUCCUUUGCUUGGCAUCCUACAAGCCAAAAUCGAAUGAUAGUUGUAACUCCCAACCGAACGAUGUCCGAUUUCACUGUUUUUGAAAGGAUAUCUCUGGCCUGGAGCCCAAUUACAUCUUUAAUGUGGGCUUGUGGUCGUCAUUUGUAUGAAUGCGCAGAAGAAGAAAAUGAUAAUUCAUUAGAAAAAGAUAUAGCAACGAAGAUGCGCCUUCGGGCUUUAUCAAGGUACGGACUCGAUACAGAACAGGUGUGGAGAAACCAUAUUUUAGCUGGAAAUGAUGAUCCACAGCUCAAGUCAUUGUGGUAUACUCUGCACUUCAUGAAGCAGUAUACAGAAGAUAUGGACCAGAAAUCUCCAGGCAACAAAGGAUCAUUGGUUUAUGCAGGAAUUAAAUCAAUUGUAAAGUCAUCUCUGGGAAUGGUGGAAAGCAGCAGACAUAAUUGGAGUGGACUGGAUAAGCAAAGUGAUAUACAGAAUUUAAAUGAAGAGAGAAUCUUAGCUUUACAGCUUUGUGGGUGGAUAAAGAAAGGAACGGAUAUAGAUGUGGGGCCAUUUUUGAACUCCCUGGUACAAGAAGGGGAAUGGGAAAGAGCUGCUGCUGUGGCAUUGUUCAACUCGGAUAUUCGACGAGCAAUCCAAAUCCUGAAUGAAGGGGCAUCUUCAGGAAAAGGAGAUCUGAAUCUCAACGUGGUAGCAAUGGCCCUGUCGGGUUACACCGAUGAGAAGAACUCCCUUUGGAGAGAGAUGUGCAGCACUCUGCGGCUACAGUUAAACAACCCCUAUCUGUGUGUCAUGUUUGCAUUUCUGACGAGUGAGGGAGGAUCUUAUGACGGAGUAUUGUAUGAAAACAAAGUUGCUGUACGUGACAGAGUAGCGUUUGCUUGUAAAUUCCUUAGUGAUAGUCAGUUAAAUAGAUAUAUCGAAAAGUUGACCAAUGAAAUGAAGGAGGCUGGAAAUUUGGAAGGAAUUCUGCUGACAGGCCUUACUAAGGAUGGAGUGGACUUAAUGGAGAGUUAUGUUGACAGGACUGGAGAUGUCCAAACAGCAAGUUACUGCAUGUUACAGGGUUCUCCUUUAGAUGUUCUUAAAGAUGAAAGAGUUCAGUACUGGAUUGAGAAUUACAGAAAUUUAUUGGAUGCCUGGAGGUUUUGGCACAAACGAGCUGAAUUUGAUAUUCACAGAAGUAAGUUGGAUCCCAGUUCCAAGCCUUUAGCACAGGUGUUUGUGAGUUGCAAUUUCUGUGGCAAGUCCAUCUCUUACAGUUGCUCAACUGUGCCUCACCAGGGCAGGGGCUUCAGUCAGUAUGGUGUCAGCGGCUCGCCCACCAAGUCCAAAGUCACCAGUUGCCCUGGCUGUCGGAAACCCCUUCCUCGAUGUGCACUCUGUCUCAUUAAUAUGGGGACGCCUGUUUCUAGCUGCCCUGGAGGAUCCAAAUCAGAUGAAAAAGUAGACUUGAGCAAGGACAAAAAAUUAGCUCAGUUUAACAACUGGUUUACAUGGUGUCACAAUUGCAGGCACGGUGGGCAUGCUGGACAUAUGCUUAGCUGGUUCAGGGACCACGCAGAGUGUCCCGUGUCUGCAUGCACGUGUAAAUGCAUGCAGUUGGAUACGACUGGGAAUUUGGUGCCUGCGGAGACCGUCCAGCCGUAAACGUUAUCACCUAAACAGAAGCCUUCAAGUGUGGAGCUUCCUAAUGGAUGUCCUGCAUCGCUCAAAAACAUACCUCACAACAAGUCACUCAUGACUUUCCUGUAAUGGGAAAAUAAAUCAUUCUAUCACAUCAGCAGUUUGAUGUUCAAGUGAUUUUGAUGUGCUUCAGAGACGAGUGCUGCCGCGAUGGGUGUCAGAGUGCGGGAUGGAUGGUGUUGGCUAGGUUGAAAAAGUUCAUUUUGGAAGAACUUUCUAGGGUUUUGGUGAAAUUAUAAACACCGUGCCAGUAGAGUUUCUGGAAUAGCCAAGAACAGACCUCAAACCUGUAUCUUCCAAACUCAAAUUGGUAUCUAUCAGUAAAAUCAGUACACUUGGAAAAUAGAAUAAAAUGACCAAUUCAGAGACUCAAAUGACAGUUAAACCUCUUCCUUGCUUAGAUUCCUUUGAGAUAAAAUUAAAACUAUUGAUUUUUACUUCUAGAACCAGAGAGCGUCUACCCCACACUGGAGAAUAAAUUUUGUCAAGGUAUGGCUGAUAUACGUGUAUAUUUUAAGGAGUCUUUUUCCUCAUACCCUUUAAUUUAAGGUAAAAAAUCUUUUGGCACAGAUUAUUAUCUUCCUAGAAAAGCCAAAAUUAAGAAGGUAUCUCACAAACUUUCUCUUAUGAAGAGAAAAAUAAGCAUCAUUUUAGGGUAACAUACUAUAACAAAUUUUUCAGUUUCAGUCUUUUACUUUUCAGUAUCCUGAUUUGUCUUGAAAGAUUUGUUUCCCUGUUAAUUCAUCAUCUUAUUUUAUGCUCAUCAUCCGGGAGCAUUUCAAUAAACACAGAAUCUGUGCAAGAUAUUAUAUGACCAGACAUUCAGCAAUCUACACCAGUGUGGCUUACUGUCACGUGGCCUCCUGUUUAGGAAUGCCCUGUUUUUUCCCUAAGAUAAACUGGGAGAUGUUGAGGGACAACGGGUCACUUUGGAGACAGUUCUACUUUAUAUGGAAGUUUCUAAAGGUAAGCAUACUUGGACCAAUUCAGGGCUUUUAUUUUAAGUUUUUAUUUUAUUUUUUUCUUUUUACAGCUGUAGAUAAUUGGAAGAGAAAUAUCAAGGAUUUAUAGCAUGCUUCUCUGUCAUCUGAAUGUUCAGAGGACUGAACUGAUUUUCACAGUUGAAGUUGUGUUCAUAGAUUUUUUUAAAGUACCGUAAAAAUUAAUUAUUUUUUGGAUUUUGGAGAAAUAUCUUGAAUUUCAAGAGCUUUCACGUUAACAUUUUUACCAGAUGAAACUAGGUUCUAAGGAACUGAUAGUUUGAGGUGUGUCCUAAAUAUUGAACAAAAGUGGAUUAUAACAUUUUUACUUUGAGAUAUGGUACAAAAAACGCUUUUCUAGGAAUAUAUUGCACAUUUGCUUAAAUGUCUCAGCUAGAUGAUGACAAGAAUUAGCAGUAGUUACAUAUUUAAAAAAAUUUUUUUUUACUAAGAUUGCCAUGAAGGGGACAUUUUCCAGUCAUCUUUUAAGUAAAUCUUCCAGAUUUCAUUUUACUAAAACAGAACCUUUACCUUUAAAAUUGCUUCACUUGAAAUGUCAUUUCAAAUUUAUUGUGCCCUAAAUAUGAAAAGUCACCUUUAAAUAGUAAUGUCAAACUGUCUUACACAUUUUCAACUUGUCCUGACUCAAGUAAGGUGAAAUUAUUGAAUGUAUAUUUAGAAGAGGGUUAUAUUUAAGAUACUUAUAAUUUUUGGAAAUACAGUAUAAUAAGACAGUCUAGUGUAUAAAUAAUCUGCUUGUUUGUAAUAAGGGUGCUGUUUUUAAGAUGAAUUGUUUAUACCUAUGUGUCAGGUUCCUAAUGUUUUCUGUGAAGCCCAGAUAUUCAUAGAAGGUGUCAACUGUUAGGCUUGUUUUGCAUUUCAGUGUAUGUGGACCAUGAAAAUGGAUUAAAAUAAUUAUUUUGUUUUUAUUACUAGGUCACUGAUAUUUGGGUUUGUAAAAUCAACAAGAUAUUUUACCUAAACAUGUUCAAUAGAAGUGUUCAAUAAAAAUGUUUUCAUUAUUUUUUAAAAAUUCAAUAAAUGUGGGUUGA